CCGUGCUCUUGGUGCGAGGCCUGUCCCUGGAGGGAACCGUGGAGGACCAGCAGCUGGAGGUGCUGGAGCAGGCCGGCCUGUGGCUUGGCCGUGGCUCCCUGCGGGCGGGCUUCCUGGUAUCGAAUAGCUGCCCCAGCCUGGAGCGGGCGGCCAAGGACGAGGGCUAUACUCACAUCCCUUGUUUCGCCCACUGCCUCGACUCCCUGGUGAGAAACUUGCUGCGUCACCACCACAGUGUCCAGAUCAUCCUGGACACUGCCAGGACCAUCUGCAGCCAUUUCCAGGGCUCCGCAGAGGCCCAGGGGCUCCUCACCCAGCUCCAGCGUCUGUGGCCUCCCAGCCCACCAGCCCUUUGAGGAGCUCUUGGACCACUGGGUCUCGGCCUGCCACCUGCUGGAGUGGCUGGUGGAGCAGCAGCAGCCCCUUCAAGAGUACAAGGGCAGGCACCAGCUAGGGAAGGCUGGUACCGCCUUGUCAGCCACAUUCUGGGGCCUGGCAGACAGUCUCGUCAAGCUCCUGCAGCCCUUCCAGAUGGUGGUCCACGAGGCGAGUGCGGUGCAGGCCUCUCUGAGCCAGGUGCUGCCCCAGCUGCGCUACCUGCACAUCUUCCUGGAGCAGGUUCACGGACACUUUCAAGAGCAGAGCGUUGGAGAGGCGGGCGCAGCUGUCCGGCUGGCUGAGGCGUUGGCCCUGCAGCUCUGCACUGACUGUCAGCUCAAUGAACUCUUCUACCGCGAGGAGUUCGUGCUGGCCACCUUGCUGGAUCCCCGCUUCAAGGGCAAGAUUGAGGCCAUCCUGCCCGUGGGGGCCGACAUUGACCACUGGAAGCAAGUCUUCGUGUACAAGGUGAAGGAGAUUAUGGUGUCUGAAUACUCUUUGACCACCCCAAGCCCCUUGCAAAGCCGCAGAGUAGCCAAGAGCCCCAAGGUGGCAGGGAAGAACCAGGGAGAGCAUCUACAGAGCAGUGGCCACUCUGGGGUCUUUCUGCUUGCCCAGAGGGAGAAGUGCUUGCUGGAGCGACUGGAGAGUGUGGGGCUGCUGGCCUCCAAGAGCAGCGGGGGCUCGCUGUCCACUGAGAACCACUUGGCCAGCAUCAUCGUCAAGAAGUACCUGCGGGAGAAUGAGACCAUCGGAGCCCAGGAUGACCCCCUGGCUUACUGGGAGAAGAAGCGAGAAGCCUGGCCAGACUGGCCACUAUCUAUCUGUCUUGCCCCCCAACGGGAACCUUCUCUGAAAGUGUCUUUGCCUCCUUGAACAGCCCCACCCUUGUAGAAUAAAACUCUUCUCUUGAGGUGGAGGCCAUUGAGCAUCUCCUCUUCCUGAAGACCAACCUGGAACACUUCCCAAACUACACCCCGCCUCCCCUUGUCUGCUACAAUGGUGACCUGGCCAAGGGAGAACAGAGCCUGCAGUCUGCUCAGGGUGGGAAGGCAGACAUGGCAGGUGCCAGUGCCCACCCUGCCGUGAACUAGAGAUCCCCUGCCUGUAGUAGGUCAGAGCAGAGAGCAGGGUGUUGCAUCCUGAGUGUCACAUGCUCAUGGCCAGAAUCUUUAACCUAUUUGGUAAGAAUGGGUCAGUUUCUCACUUCUUGACAGAUAGCCAUAUUUUUUUCCUAGGAGAUGUCAUUUUCCAUCUCCCCAUUGCCUCCUUUAUGUCUAGUGGUAUGUGCCGAGAAGAGGCUUACUCUUCGUAGGUGACUGAAUUUUGUACGGCAUGGCUUUGUACAUGUGAUGCUAUGUUAAAACAUAAGUAGGUGUGAAGGACCUUGCAUACACCUUGCCUGUGCAGAUAAGUGGAUACGUGCCCUUGAGAGGCUUGCUUUCUCAGAGUGGCCAAGGACAUGGAAUGGGCAUUUGCUGGCAGGUGGGAUAUAUCCUCAGCCUCUGGGGACCCGGGUAAGCUAUUGCAGCACUUUCUGAGGCUUUCACUGUAGGGGAAGGAAAUCCCAGGGUAGAAUAGCCAUUUCUAGAGGGAAGUGCACACAUACCCCCACAAACCAGUCUUUCUGGGGAUUUCAGAGUGGCCAGCUAGCCAGGAGAGCUGAGACACCAGUCUUCAAAUGGCCUGCUUACCAAUAGUCUGUUUCCAGACUACUGGAAACCUUGGGGUUUCUCCCUCCAGUGACAGCAGCCUCAGUCGCUCUCCUGGGCUCCUGGUGGCUGUACACUCUGCCAGCCAUCACUCUUGCCCCUGCUUGUCCUGGGCCAUUUUUAAAGGGGAAGUCCCUUAUUGGAGAAGAGAAAGGAUGUGUGUAGUACACACUCAUCCUGGCUUGCUCAGAGUUCCUUUAGGGUAGAGUUGAGGGCCUGGGAUCCAGGGACCAGUGGGAUUGGACAGGAGAAUGAAGAAGGGGAGAGGCUCGUUACCCCCACAAGACUUGCAUCCAGGUAGCCUGAGGGUUCCUGGUCACUGGGCACGGUGGCUGCUGAGAUGCAGGUUGGAAGAGGCAGGGGAAGGCUCCAGGCCUAACUUGGAGCAUGUCACUGGCCAUGGAGUGAGGGGACAGACUCUCCCCUCACUGGCUGGCAGCCCCAGGAGCCUGUUCCCUCACCUCUCCUGGAUGGGUUAUUAGCCCUGUGUUUCACUGUGACCAAUUCAUUGUGACAUUUGCAUAUUGCUGAAGAUGUAAACACAGGAAACAUUACAUUCCUUUCAUUCAGAGAUGGCCUCUGUCAAUAGUUUGACAUUUUUCCCUUUUUUACAUUGAGAUGAUACCUUAGGCACUGUUUAGUAUGCAGUAUUUUCAUUUUCCCAGCAUAAUAAUUGCACCUUUUAAAUAAAGCUUUGUAAACAUCA